AUGACGACGGCAAGUGAACAAGACACAUACGCCGACAUAGAAGCAGCCUACAAAUGCUUGCAAGAAACAUACGGCGUUAAAGAAGACCAAACAAUUCUGUACGGACAGUCUGUCGGCAGUGGGCCCACACUGGAGUUAGCCACGCGGCUGCCGGCGGUGAGGGCCGUCGUCCUCCACAGCCCAAUUCUCUCCGGCCUCCGUGUUCUCUAUCCUCCUCUCAAGAAGACUUUCUGGUUCGACAUUUACAAGAAUAUUGACAAGAUUCCGCUUCUUGAUUGUCCAGUGUUGGUGAUUCAUGGAACCGAAGAUAAAGUCGUGGAUUGUUCCCAUGGAAAGCAGCUGUGGGAGCUUUGCAAAGACAAGUACGAACCCUUAUGGCUCAAAGGAGGAAGCCAUUGUGACUUAGAACUUUACCCACAAUACCUAAAUCACCUUCGUAAGUUCAUAUCCGCCAUACAAACACUACGUCCAACCAAAAAAGUUCACGAACAUGAUCAUAAACCACCACCGACCACCAAUCAAAAGGACAAAUCUCGAGCUACCCAUAAGUCGAGAAACAGCGUGGAUCGGUUGCUAAAGUCAAAGAACAACGUAGAUUCAUCGGAAAGACCACGAAAUAGCUUUGACCGCUUGGGAGAUAUAGUGCGGUCUGUUGGGUUGUGCAACGUCGACUGUUUGAAGCACGAGGUGGCCGAAGCUUGA